AAUACCUCUUAUCAGACCAAUUGACUCAUACAUAACAUUCAAAGACUGUUUUUAGAUUUUUCUGUGAAAACACAAUCAUUCUUCAGACAAAUUUGUGGUGAGAAAGAUGUUUGGUGGUAUUGUUGUGGCAUCUCUGGUGUUAAUUCUUGUAAUUAAUUUUCUUGUGGAACGAUGGAAAUUGCUCAAGUUUACGACAAGAUUUCCCGGGCCUAAGCCCCAUUUCAUUUUCGGUAAUGCUGGAGAAUUUGUAGAAUUGAAGAAAGAUCCAGCAGGAAUAUUCAAGAAACUCAUUUCUUUCCAUGACAUUUAUGGGAAAAGAUGUGUACUUUGGGGAUUUUUCAAUGAAGUGGGCAUUAGUUUUAUUGAUCCCAAUGAUAUUGAGACAAUUCUGUCGGGUACGAAGACUAUGCAUAAGUCCAUUGAGUAUGAUUUUCUAGAACCAUGGCUUGGAGAGGGACUUUUGGUGUCUUUUGGACAAAAAUGGGUCACAAGACGCAAAAUUAUCACUCCAACAUUUCAUUUUACCAUCCUCGAACAGUUUGUUACAUCCUUCGACGAGCAAACAAAUAUUCUUGUUCAGAAGCUGAAACCUCAUGCCAAUAAAGGUGACUUCAAUAUUUAUCCUUACACUACACUUAGUGCUCUAGAUAUAAUUUGCAAAACAUCCAUGGGAGCUGAAAUCCACGCCCAAGAGCAUCCAGAAACACCCUAUGUGCAAUCAGUAAAAGCAAUGAGUCGUAUUAUGUUCUCAAGAAUAUUCAGUGUUGUCAGACACUUUCCAAUCCUGUUCCCACUAACACCACUGUUUUGGGAACAAAGGCAUCAUCUUAAGAUUGUUCAUGAUUUUACCACAAAAGUCAUCACUCAGCGCCGGGAACAAUUGCUCAAGCAACAAGCAAAUCAGUUAGAGAAAGAGGUGAAUGACAAUAAUAGUAGUAUGAAUGUUGAUUUCCUGAGUCAACCGAAAGAGGAUGAUUUUAAGGACCUCUACCUGAAUCAGAGUGGUAAGGAGAAGCUCACAUUUCUGGAUUUGCUCCUGAAAGCGACAGUCGAUGGUAAACCGCUGAGUGAUGCUGAUAUCCGGGAAGAAGUUGAUACAUUCAUGUUUGAGGGACAUGAUACAACCACUUCGGGUAUUGCUCUCACUCUCUACCAUAUUUCCCAACAUCAAGACAUUCAAGACAGGGUGUAUGAGGAAUUGAGGGAGAUAUUUAGGGAUGAAAUGGAGGAGCAAUUCAGGGUGACCUACAGUCAUUUGCAGGAUAUGAAAUAUCUCGAGAUGGUCAUCAAAGAGUCUCUCAGAAUAACACCACCUGUACCAAUAAUUGGACGCAAAACCACGGAAGAGAUAGUUGUGGGUGGUGUAAAAAUUCCAGCUGGUGUGAAUAUUUCCAUUUCUGUUUAUGCCAUGCACAAUUUCGAAGAAUUCUAUCCAAAUCCAACUAAAUUUGAUCCCGAGAGAUUCACUGUGGAAAAUUCAAAAGAUCGUCAUCCGUACUCUUACGUACCCUUUAGUGCCGGUCCCAGAAAUUGCAUUGGCCAAAAAUUCGCUAUGCUGGAGAUGAAAAUGACGAUAGCGAAAAUUUUAAUGAAUUUCAAACUUCUACCACACGAUCCAACAACGAAAAUGACUCUCCAGGGAGAUCUUAUUCUCAAACCAGUCAAUGGGGUGUAUCUGAAAAUUGCACAACGAAAUAAAGUCUUGUGAUAAAGUGAAUGGAGCGUA